AUGCCAAAGUGUGUGCUGCGGCCUUUAAGCCUCGACGUUGAUUUGUCAGUAGAACUAAUUACAUUCGGUACUCUUGUGAUACAAGUAUUAAUCAGUGUAAACUAAGUCAAUGUAUCAAAUAGUCAAAAGUAUUAUAUAGUAUGUAAUUGUGUAAAUUCCAUAGGCUUAGAGAUGUCAAAAGGUCUACGUGGAGCUAGUCGACAAAAGUAUUCGUGUGGAGCAGACAUAACGUGAGAGAUGCAAAUCAUCAUUGACAAUGAGGAAAUUGUGCUGCAGCAUUUUAUUGUAUGCGAAUUUUAUGACAUGGAGACAUGUUUCUGUUGGAACGAAAGUGACAAACUCGUCGUCUUCCCGUACAGGAGAGGCAGUUCGGUAGCACGGAAUGUGCGUGUUCUGUCGAUGCCAGGUCCUCUCAGAAAGAUCAGGAUUAUCGACAGUAGAGCCUUCUUCAUAUGUGUUUCACAGGGAGUUUAUAAGCUGUCACGUACUGGCAAAUUUGCUCUCCUGAGCAAAAAUGGUCUGGACAUGGGCAGUGAGUUCUUUCAAGUGCUAAUUGCCAAAGGUGAGCCGAACGGCGUGCAUCUCGACGACAAACAAGUUAAAUCCUCCACGUUGCUGUUUCCCAUUACGUCGAAUGCGUCUGAAAAGGAUGUGCGUGCCUUUUCUCUAAACUUGAAGGACACCGAGAUGCAAUUCAUAAAUUGUUUCACUACUGAUUCUGAAAGAAAGAGGAAUAUAUGCGUAAUCGCAUAUGAUAGAAAGUUGUUUGUGUUAAAGGAAGACAAUAUCGUGCAAUUAAUUUAUACCAGCGACCGUGCCAUCGUAGAUAUUGUGCCUGUAAAGAGGCGAGACAAGGUAGCAGGUCUCUUGCUUCUCAUAGAUGUAGAUAUGGUAAUCUUAGUGUACAGUAAAGAUUAUAAUCUAGUCUUUGAUAAGAUAUAUCUAGUAAAGAACAUGAGAAAUAUUUCUGCAUUUUGUGCCUGCUUUAGUGUGGAAAUUGAAAAUGUUUUAUGGAUAAUAUAUUGUGAUCAAUCCAAGACGUAUUAUAUGAGAAAGAAACUUUUUGCUGACUCAAUUCAAGAGACAAAAGUGGAGGAAAGGACAUUUAGAUGUAUACAGUAUUAUAAGCCAAAUAUAAUUUUAGGUCUGUCACAAGAGAAGAAAUUAAUUGAGCUUUCUCUCGAAGAGCUGGAGAAUUCCUUAUCGCUUAAUAAUGAUAUCAAUCUUCACAGUGAUAUGUUCCAAAGAACGGAUCUCAUUAUGGAGAAAAUUUGUGCCAAAGGAAAGGAAUUAAAUAUGCUCAAUGAGAGUAUAAUGGAUGAACGAGACAAUUUAAAAAGAAUAAAUUUAUAUGUUUCCAAACAAAAACUUCCAGUAACUCCUUACAUUGAAGUAUCCAGACUAUGCACUUAUCACUACCUUCAAUUAAAGAUUUUAGACAAACUGCCUAGAAACAGUCAUAUAAUAGUUAUUAUUAAUUCCAAGAAUCAAAGCACAUUCUGCAUGAAAAAAAUUACAGAAACAACAUUUACUCUAAAAAUGCCUAUUAAUGGAAACAGAAUACUGUGUUCUUCAAAUAUUCAUAUGGAUUUGAUUACAUGGAUGAAUAAACAACAGCCCUGGUGUCUUAUACAAAAUUUUAUAUAUUCUCCAGCACAAGAAGUCAAAAGAAAAAGAAGAAUAAAAGAUAAAACUGCCUUCAUAGAAACAAAAAUUGCAUCAUUGCAAAAAUUAAUAGCGGAAAAAGAUUUGAGCAUGACAAAAUUAAGUGAAAUAAAACGAAAUAUACGAGCAGAAUUAUAA